GGCCGUUCGGCGUAUGCUUGCACUGGAGAACAUGAUAAGGCGGGCGGCAAGUGGAUUGCCUUUGGACUUGCGCUACCCACCACCGGCAGCUCAGAGAUCUCAGACACAGGGACGAGCGGCUCCUAGGAGAAAAAGUGCCAGAGAUCCUCCACAAAAGAAGCUAGCAACUAGGACUCCUGCUCCUCCACCUACUACUAGACCACAGACACGGGGCGUACAGCCACCUGUUGCGAGUGAGGAGGCGGCCCGAGAGGCCGUGGCGCGCACUAAGGAGAGGUAUCAACUGAAGAUGCACCAAAGGCCCUCGCAAGAUGAGCCAGUCCACAAGAAGCGGCUGAUCCUGCCCGAGGAUUCCGAGGAAGAAGGGGAAGAGGAGGAAGAGGAAGAAGGAGAAGACGAGGAGGCGCCUGACAGCAGUGGCUCAGACGACUCGGCUGACGAUCCUGGUUUUAGACAGGAUCCUAGAGAGAGGGACGAUGACGACGACGACGGAGAUGAUGACUGA